ACUUUCAUUUAUGUGUUUUUUUCGUCACAUCUCCAGGCGCAUGUGUGCUGCCUGCCCGAGUGCGUGUCGGGGUGUUGGUGGACGAGAUGUCAGUUGUUGGCACAAGUUUGGCAUGUGACAUGUCAUGCGUGAUGGCAGCCCGCUUUAGGUUGAUAAUUGAUUCUUAUAAUUAAGGCGAGGGGCGGGGCGAUUUUUGGAGGUGUCGUGUAGUCGCCCGGUGCGUUUUUUGGUGGUUGUCAGCUCAGAUUUUUUUCCUCUUUUUUUCCCUUUUUUCUUGUUGAGGAUAAAUUUACGGCCCCCUCUGAGCUCCAAGCUGUGGACCGGCUGGGGAGGGAGGCUGUGGUGACGACUGGCAGUGCGCACAGCACAGACAGACUGACUUUCAAGGGGCAGGCAGAGUCUGCGGGCAGGAAACAGCCAUUCAACAGAGCAGAAAUCAAAAGACGGCGAAAUAUAAAGUUUUAGUUACCACAAAGCAAAAGAGGGGGGUGUCGCUGGAGGAGCACAACACGCCUGAAUCUGUUUCGAGGGCCGCUGGACCAGGCUUUAGCGCAUGGCGGAGCGAUGCCAGUAUGAGUGGGCCUCACUCAGGCCCUGGCAGCGAGACUCAUCAGUCCAGCUGCCCUUUGACCCCCAGCCGUGGCCUCUCCACCCUCUGCGGCUCCUCCAGACACCAUGACCACAGAAUCGGCCUGACCAUGUCUGCCGCGGCCUCCUCUCUCAAGCAUGCAUCCGUCUGUGGGUUCACACAAAGGGACCACUCCUCCUCUUCCUCCUCCACCUCCUCCUCCUCCUCCUCUUCCUCCUCUUCCUCCUCCUCUUCCUCCUACAGUCCUCUCAGGAGGCUGCAACAUCUCACCACCAUGGUGAGCCAGCCUGACCUGGUCCUGCCGGUGAGGGAGCCCAAGAGGAGCUGGGAGUGGGGGAUGAAUAAGAAGGAGAGGGGGAAGGAGAUGGAGAUGGACUCCUGGGCUGAUUGCACGAGCAGUGAUUAUUCUGGCACCCAGAGUACAAACAGGAAGGAGGUCUUUGCUAAAUCUUCUGCUGGACAAAAACAGCCUGUGGUCCACACUAGAAGUAGAGACGCAGCGGCGGCCAAUCGGGGGAAUCCGGUCGUCUCGGAGAAAAAGACAGAAGGUUGUUUCUCAGGCCCGCCCAGCCCGGCCUUCUCUCUCGAUAGCAACAGCCCCUUUGCUAACGGAUUCCUCCACUUUGAAUCCUCUUUGUUUGAGGAUGACGACAACGAUGAGGAGCGGGAGACCGUGUCACCUGUGGGAGGCUUGCAGAACAAACAUGGGAGUGCAGGAAAUGUCCCUCAGUCCACUACUGGAGACUUAAAUUCAGACUCCAAGGCUACCCUGUCGUCAGCCAAAGUCGUCACCCGGUCCCAGUCCUCUGGUCAGCGCAGGAGAUACUGGGACGGCUCGGAUGACGAGUGGGACAGUGACACCGAGCUGUUCCUGUUUGGGGAUAGUCCCUCAAGGCAUUCAAUGAACAGCCUCAAGAAAAAGACUUUGCCGCCUGUGAAGUUUUUAGAAGGUGAAGUUAUUUGGGCAAAGUUCAACAGAAGACCAUGGUGGCCCUGUGAGCUGAUCGUUGACCCCAUACAGGGCAUCUAUCACAGAGUGAAAGAGCCCAGUGACCGGCCUUGUCGGCUCUAUCACGUCAGGACCUUUGGGGAUCCCGUGGAGCUAACCUGGGUGGAGGAAAAAGCAAUUCGCACUUUCCAUGGAGGCUUUGAAUUUGAACAGCUCCCCCUACUGAGCCGGAGGGGGAAGCAAAGGGAGCAGAACAACAAAUACACUGUUGCAAAGCGUUUUCAGAACUCUUGGAAAUCCAGCGUGGAAGAAGCAGAAUCUGUUCUCCCAGAGAGACCCAAAAUGGCUCCCUCCAUUCCUUUGUCCUCCAGUGAUGCCUUCCACAACACAUCCACACCAGAAAGAGUCAACAAGGUCCAAUCAACUGUUGCUCCUGCGUGUUCACCCACCCUUCCUGAGACAUCACACAUGACCAACGGAUCUAUUUCAUCCCCGGUAAUUUCAUCCCCAGUAAGAACUCCAGCAAAACCAAGCACUUUAAGGAAAUCUUCUGGCAAGAAGAAACCAAGUAAAUCAUCAAAGGACAUGAAUAGUAAACACUCUAAAAAGACGUUGCACGGCAGUCCCAACCAAUCAGAAAGAGACAAUGGAGAAUGCCCAUACUCUGACCUCGACUCGGUCCCUAAAAUUUUGUGUCCUAAAGCACUUGAACGUCAACCUAAGCUAGCUCCAACCCAGCCAUCUGUCGCAGCUGCGAAAGAGGUGAAGAAGCAGCCGGAGAUUCAGACUGGUCUUUGGUUCAGUAAAUCAGGCAAAGAGAGACGCCCUAAAACAACCAAUCCUUUGCCAGACCGCAGUCUCUUUAGUAAGGUGCCCUCUAAGAAAAAGAGCUCAUUUGUUGUGAGUAAAAAGACACUGGUUCCUGGUAACACCUCCUCCAGUGAUCAUUCAGGGUUGGCAGACAAGCACAAGACUCUGUUACCUGCUGAAACUAUUCUGCCAUCCGAACAGUCUGGACAUUUGAAGUGUAAAAACACCCUGGUUGCUGAUAGACCUUCAAGUACAACUGGCAGUCCUGGUGACCAAUCAGGAUUGCCAGACAAGCAGAAGUCCCUGGUUUCUGUUGAGACUGGUGUGCCCUCUGACAAGUGUAGAUAUUCAAAAGGCAGACAGACAGUCAGUAACACAACUGACAUAGUGACUGGCACAGGGUCUGACCAGUUAGAUAACUCGGAUGUUAAAAAAUCCGUUGAGCCCAGCAUCAGUUUCAGUGACCAGUCCAGAUUUUCAGAGAGUGUAAAGACUGUCAGUCAAACUGAACAUCCUGACUUGAUGACUAAUAAAAAGGCCUGUGUAAGUGAAGGUAUUCCCAACCAAGCAGCAGAAACACAAAGUACCAAGACUCGAGUACUCGGUUUAAAUGUUGACACUACUGAGCCAUUAGCAAGGCUAGAAAAGCAAACAAGUCUUGUCUCUAAAUGUAGGAUGCCCUUUGUCAAAUUAAUACGCAAGGACAUGAAGGGUAAGAAGUUAAACUCCAGUGUAACCAUUAGUGACCAACCUGAAUGUACAAAGACUGAAAUAACACAAGAUGCUAAUGUGUCUAAAAUGUCCUCUAAACAGUCAGAUUGUGUGGACUGCAGGGCCUCCAUAGAUCAGGCAGUCAGUUCAGAAUCCAUAAAGCCCUCAGCUAAGAAGUUGAAAGCAAGUGCUGGGACUGGCAUUCAUCGUCUCUCGUUAGAGUCAUCGCGAGCCAAAACUGUUGCAGCUUCCAGUGUGGCAAGUGUGUCUGAUGAGUCCAGGAGCCCAGAAGCAGAAAGGAUACCAACCUUAAACUCAAUCAAUGUGACAUAUUCAUCCUCCAACCAGUCAGACGGUAAGAAGACGCCUUCCAGUGUAACAGCCAUUUCUUCUGAUCACUCAAGUAGCUCAGAGCAAAAAAUUGCAUCUCCCACCAGUACAGAUUUAAAUACAGAACCUCUGCCUUCUCACCGGCCUGCUCAAGUACCCGAAGGCCUGUCUUCUGAGAAAUCCAAGAAGGUUGUCCACAAACUAAAACAGGUUCCAGACAAAGUGAACAAAGUGUUAUUACCUGAGCAGCCAGCACACCUCCCAGCCAGCAGUCGACUGAUGACCAGAGCCCUGAGGGCCAUGCAGGAGGCGGAACAGAAAAAGCGUGAAAAGGCACGAAAGGAGACUGAGCACAAAGAACUCAUAAAUCAGUAUGGAAAAGACGAAGACCUUGAGUUCCAACCUGCGCGUAAUUCCACUUGUAAUCCUGAGUCCAAACGGGACUGUUGCACAAAAAUAAAAUCUCUUAAAUCACAUUGCAGUGACAAUGGUGAGUAUGAUCAGGACACAUUUUCUACCUGUAGCACACCCGCUUUGAUGUUUUCGGAUUCAGCUGGUUUUGAAGCUGAGGUCAAGAGUGAAGAUGAAGACCUCUCAGUGUCCUCAACUCCGCCAAUGGACUUCAUACCUCUUACUUCUAGAGUAAAAGCAAAGAAGGAAGAUAAUUUCUCUGACAUAUGCUCUUCAUCAUCCCCUUCCUCACCAUUUUCUUUUAUGAAUGCCUUUAAAAAUGUGGAGGAGGUAUCCUUCCAAUCCCUGACAAAUGAGCGUGAUGGUAAACCCAUCUCUUUUAAAGCAGACGCAAACUUCAAGUUCAGCACUUUUCUCAUGAUGCUAAAGGACUUGCAUGACACUAGAGAACGGGAGGGGACUCCCUUAGAACUGGAAAUUGGACCACCAAGUGCACAUGUUAAGGAGGAACCCUUAGUGAUGCCUGGGGAGGCUAUGCCUGCAAGCCAAGAGCAACAAAUUGAACAUGUUAAUUCAAAUGCAAGUCCAGACAAAAUCAAAUUCACACACAGUGAGGACAGCACAAGGCAGACGUCCAAGAGGCCCUAUAACAAAAGGGGUUGCUCCACUGGGGUGAAAAAGAAAGCCAACCGCAAAGUGCCUUGUCGUUCUGUGAGGUCUGGACCUGGUUUCCCAGGACUGGAGUCCUUGCCACCAAUGAAUCCUUCUUCAGGAGUGGAGUCCAGAGUCCAGUCCUUGUUGGGCACACAGACCAGUAGCUGGGAUAGGCAGAGAGGAGCUGGUCAAGGAGUGGCUGGGGAGGAAGAGGGAGGGUGGAGCGGAGUGAAGGAGAAUCGACAGCGCAUGGUGCCUUUGGAGCAGAGGAGGUGCAACACAAGGCUGUGUCUGGAACAGCCGAAUGGCCUUGUUGCAGACUGCUCUGAUACUAACAAAAGCUUGAUGCGAAACUCUGGAGAAGCUGACAAGGCUCUAACAGCACAUAAGCGAAUAAGAAGACCAAGCAAGAGGCUGAUUGAGUGGACUGAAGAGUAUGAUCAGAUUUUCUCCACGAGGAAGAAAACCAAAAAGCCUCUCCAGUUGAUUGGAAAGGCCACUCAGCCUGUAACCCUCGUGUCCGAAGCCGCGGUAUCGGACAAGGAUGCACAUGACCACCCAUCUUUGAACUUACUUCCUGAAAUACAGACGCCACCUCCUGAGGAAACUGCUGCAGCAGUGCCCUCUGAACUCCAAAUUCCCAGCACCGAGAACACAUCUCCCCCAGACGCACCUGUGCUUUCCAUCGACACACUAACCCCUCCCCCAGAAGCUGAUCCAUCGCUGUCAGAGGCCCUCGUCAAAGACUCCGGAAACGCUCCUGUGCUGGGGAGGAAGCGCAAGAGGAAACCCACUCUGAAGAUCCUGGAAUACUGUCUGGAGGCUGAGGCCUCCACAGCCCCCAAGAAGAAGGUCAAAACACUGAAGAACAAUUCAAAUCCUGCUCCUCAGUCAGAUUCUACUCCAACAUCUUUAAAAGCAAAGAGUAAGCAGCUCGCGGCGUCCAGCUCUACACCGACUACCACAGAGAUUUCCAACUGCACGCCCACGCCGCCCGCUCAGACGGAUCCCCCGCCCAGCUCUCCUGCGCCCUCCAGUCCAGCGCCGGCCCCGCCCGAGCCCGCCCGGGUGGAGGCAGCGUCAGCAGACGUUGAUGCUACUCAAGCAGAGGACAAGAAAGCUCCAGAGGUUAAGGACCCAGCAGAGUCAGAGGGGGACCCUUCCAGCUUGAAUCACAGCCUGUCGGACGACUUGUCGCUGUGCGACGACCCACUUUUACCUUCAAGGAAGAUCAUAGGGGACAGAGGAGGCCCAGCCUCCAUGAAGGAGAACAUAUGUCAGGUGUGUGAGAAGACGGGGGAGCUGCUGCUCUGUGAGGGUCAGUGCUGUGGAGCUUUCCACCUGGCCUGCAUCUCUCUGGCUGAGGCCCCGAAAGGGAAGUUUGUCUGUCCUGAGUGCAAAUCAGGCAUCCACACCUGCUUUGUGUGUAAAAAACGCAGCGAGGAUGUGCGCCGCUGUAUGAUUCCCGUGUGUGGGAAGUUUUACCACGGAGAGUGCAUCGCCAGCUUCGCCCCAACUGCACCUGUGAACCGAGGCUUCCGCUGCUCCAUCCACGUCUGUCUCACCUGCUUCAUCGCCAACCCCAACAGCUCCACCAUCUCUAAGGGUCGUCUGGUUCGUUGCGUGCGCUGCCCGGUAGCCUACCAUGCUACAGAUCUCUGCAUGGCAGCAGGCUGCGUUGUCCUCUCCAACAACAGCAUCGUCUGUCCCAACCACUUCACUCCUCGCCGCGGCGUCAAGAACCACGAGCACGUCAACGUCAGCUGGUGCUUCGUCUGCACUGAAGGGGGCAGUCUGCUGUGCUGUGAGUCCUGUCCUGCUGCGUUCCACCGAGAGUGUCUGAACAUGGAAAUGCCAAAAGGCAGCUGGUACUGCAACGACUGCAAGGCUGGGAAGAAACCUCGCUACAAGGACAUCCUCUGGGUGAAGGUUGGGCGGUACAGGUGGUGGCCAGCGGAGGUCAGCCAUCCCAAAACAAUCCCAGAGAACAUCCAGCGGAUGAGGCACGAUGUCGGCGAGUUUCCCGUUCACUUCUUUGGCUCCAACGACUACCUGUGGACAUACCAGGCCAGAGUCUUCCCUUACAUGGAUGUGGACGCCAACAGCAAAGAAAAGAUGGGGAAAGGUGUUGAUGCCACCUACAAGAAAGCUUUGGAGGAGGCAGCUGUGCGAUUUCGCGAGCUGCAGGCAGAGAAGGAGCUUCGGCAGCUUCAGGAGGACCGAAAGAACGACAGGAAGCCUCCACCAUACAAACACAUAAAGGUGAACCGACCAAUAGGAAAGGUUCAGAUCUUUACAGCUGACCUAUCAGAGAUCCCGCGCUGCAACUGCAAGGCGACAGACGAGAGUCCGUGUGGGAUGGACUCGGAGUGCAUCAACCGCAUGCUGCUGUACGAAUGUCACCCGCAGGUUUGCCCAGCGGGCGAGCGGUGCCUGAACCAGGCCUUCACCAAGCGUCAGUACAGCCAGGUGGAGAUCUUCAGGACGCUGUCUCGAGGCUGGGGUCUCCGCUGCGUCCACGACAUCAAGAAGGGUCAGUUUGUGAGCGAGUACGUUGGGGAGGUGAUUGAUGAGGAGGAGUGCAGGUCCAGGAUCAGACACGCCCAGGAGAACGACAUCUGCAACUUCUACAUGCUGACUCUGGACAAGGAUCGAAUCAUCGAUGCUGGGCCGAAGGGGAAUGAGGCCCGCUUCAUGAACCACAGCUGCCAGCCCAACUGUGAGACCCAGAAGUGGACUGUGAGCGGAGACACCCGGGUGGGACUGUUCGCCCUUGUUGACGUCCCUGCAGGCACCGAGCUGACCUUCAACUACAACCUGGAGUGUUUGGGGAACGGGAAGACGGUCUGUAAAUGUGGAGCCCCAAACUGCAGCGGCUUCCUGGGCGUCAGGCCAAAGCAGAACAACCCUCCAUCUGACGACAAAGGCCGCAAGCUGAAGAGGAGGGGCCACGGCAAGAGGAAGAACAAGGUGGUGGUGACCAAAGAGCGAGAGGACGAGUGCUUCAGCUGCGGAGACGGAGGACAGAUGGUCUCCUGUAAGAAACCCGGCUGUCCCAAAGUUUACCAUGCCGACUGUCUCAACCUCACCAAGAGGCCUGCAGGACGUUGGGAAUGUCCCUGGCACCAGUGUGAUAUAUGUGGGAAGGAGGCGGCGUCCUUCUGCGAGAUGUGUCCCAGCUCCUACUGCGGCCAGCACCGUGACGGCUUGCUCUUCAUCUCCAAGCUGGACGGCAAGCUGUGCUGCAGUGAGCAUGACCCCUGUGGGCCUGAGCCGCUGGAACCAGGGGAGAUCCGGGAGUACACGCCGGACCCCAGAGCCCUGACCUCGGGUCUGGGCAUGGCCGUCAUCCCCUCUGCUGCCUCUACCGCCUCCGCCCGCGUGAACCCGACCGCCAGGAGGGCCCGGGAUCAGAUCAGCGCCGGCGCUGGUAUGUGUGCUUCCGAGUCGCUUCCCGCUUUUUCCAUCCCGGUGCCCAUCACUAUUCCUGUCACCACACCUGCCGCCUCACCUCCCCCCAGCAGCUCUGACGCCCCCAGCAGCCCGCACGUGUUCGACCUCCCACACUACUCGCCCAUCUCCUCGUACGAGGAGGAGAGGGACGAGGAGGAAGACGGGGAGCUGCUGGCAGAAGAGGAGGAGGAGGAGGAGUUAGUGGAAGAGGGUGAGGUGGGGAGGCAGAAAUCAGAUCCUCACAGCGAGGACGGCGAGCCAGUGAUGGUGGGGGUGGAAUACCUGGAGGAGGACGAGGACGAGGAGGAGCAGGACGAAGAAGAGGAGGAGGAGGAGGAGGAAGAGGAGGACGAUGAAGACGAGUGACACACGGUGUGUUCUGAUUAUUCGCAGUAGCACAGGACCUGGAGACAGAACCACUGCUACACAAAAGACAACAAGCCCUCACAGUCACUACAAAGAGAAAAUGAACCAAUCACAUCACACGGUUUGUAUCCAAUGAGCUGCGGGAGGUAUGGAGGAAAUUUUAGGACAAAACUAAAUCAACACGUGAAUAAAUUAAGUUCAUACAUCAGUACAUAAACAGCUUAAAUACUAUAUAUAUAUAUAAAUGUACACAUAGAGAGAUAUUUAUUUAGUAUUUAUUUAGUUUUGUCCUAGUGAUGGCGCCGUUUCCACUGACCUCAGUGCAUCCUCACACUGACUUUGCACACGCCGGCACUGACUGCACCUUCAUAUGAGAGAUCUCAGCUGCGGCAUCUAACUUUGGAUUUGUACUCACACUUCACUCCGUUGCUGGUUUGUUUUGGUGUGUCUGUCGGUGGUAUAUGAGGUGUCAUAUGUGUCAGUACCUGGAGACAGUUUUUGACCCUGCAGCAUCACGGUGUCAGCAGGUUGUGUAAGCGUUUCCGAGUAAAAACUCUUCGCUCUUUAGUCCACGUAAAUGUCUCUGACUUGGCCACGCUUCAGUCAAACGGUGGCCACGUCUUCUUCAGUGUUCAGGAGAGGCUUCGGUUACAAAAAGCCUUGAACUUAUCUGUAAAUACACCCGUUUUCUGUCUCCCGCCCGAAUCGCAUCCAGUUUGGUUGUGCUGACAAGCACUGACACAAGUGAACCACAACAAACCACUUCUGGACUGGAACCUGUCCUGAUUUUGUCAGUGGAAUUUGGUUUUUGGGAAUCGGUUCAGUGAAUUCAUCAGACGCUGCUUCAACAGCUGAGUGCUCCAGGAUCAGAUCACGUAGGAAGGUGUGAAAGUGCCAGAUGAUUGGCUGCCUGGGCCUGCUGGUGUCCACUGCUGAAGUACGCAGUCCGCCAGCAGCCUGAUCAGGAUGACACUUGUGCCAGAGUUAACCAUCUCAUGCCAAAAAAGAUCUCAGACCGAGGAGGAUUCUGGGUCGGACGGAGGAAAGCCACUAAGAAAGAUUUUAUCCCAUCACGGGACACUAACGCUGUCUCACAGGUGGGUGAGCAGCACCAUGAGAGGACAUCGUCUGACACUCGGCAACACCAAGUGACACGUCAGUGUUGCCGGGUGUUUGCAGGUCGUCAGCACUAAGUUUGCUCCGGUGUGUGCGCUGUGCUCUGUAGUCAUUAUUUAUAUACCGUUCAGUGACGCACAAACGACGGCGAGGGAGAAUCGGGGCGUCGGCUCCUCGAUCCCUCAUCAUCUUGACUCUCCUUCCAGGGGACGCAAAAGGUCUUCGACGGACUCCCGCCAUGAUGCUUGCACUUGCAGUAUGUGUUCCGCUCUGUCUUCAAGCUUAAUAUCGUCUGUGUGUUAUCUGCCAAUGCCUUAGAGUGCAUUUCUUUGGAAAUAUUUUUAACGGAUGGUUUGGCACCUGUGAGAGACGAGUGUCCCCACUGAAGCGUUUAUACAGCCGCCCGACAAGCCAAGUUUCAUUCCAGUGUAGUGACGAGCUGUUAGAUCUCAACCAUUGACCUGUUCAAAAAACUGCUAUAUAAAUAUAUAAGAAAAAGAAGUUAUGACGUCAGAUUUGUACUGUUCUCAUUCCUUUUUUAUUUAUUGGUCCAACCUUAGCUCAGUAGAAAACGUAGAUGGGUGAGUUGCUGAAAAUUAAAGCGAGGCCUGUGAUGUCAUUGUCUUUUGUUUCGUUUUAAAAAGCAUCUUUACAUUUGAGACAUUUUCACGAGUGGAUUUUAAUUCACCAAUUGAAAUCACAUAAUUCUAUACAUGUAGAUGUGUAGUGAGCACAAAAGCGAUUAUUUACCCACCAAAGUGCUUUAAACCUUUUUGGCUCCCCGUUUUGUUUCGUCAGAGUUAGGUAAGCUCUCACCUGUCCGACAGCAGCAGCACUGAGACCAGGUCCCCUCAAAAACUAAACGUCUUAAAGUCAUGAAGAGAUUUUAUUUCAGCAGUCGUAAAGCAGACAAGUGCUGAAAUCAAGUCAGCUUGUUGGCUUGUAGAUGUGCAGAAUCACGCUGACGUUUUUAACAUGCAUACGUUGACGUGUUCUUCUUAAACGUGAACAGCCGCAGUGUCGUCCACACAACAGGAAGUGGAUGCUGGACCAAAAAGAUUUUCUGGCUGUCUUGCUUUGACGUUGUGCCCAAUAGGCUUAUAAGAUGUGUGUGUCAAACUACUUUGAUCAUCCAAACAGUUCAUUGAUUGGCAAGCUGUAGCUUCCUGUGGGGUAGUUUAUGAAGAGAUGUCGUCAUUUAUAACAUUUCAUAUGUUUUGUAGGCUAACUAAAGCUGACAAAAAGCUGCAGUGAAGUAAAAGGUACAACAUGUAGAAGUAGCACGAAGUAAGACAAGUACCUCAAAUCUGUACUUCAGUGUAGUACUUGAGUAAAACCUGCUAGUCUGUGAUUGGUCAGUUGCUUGUGUAAGCAGAGGAAGCGGAUGUCGGUAAGCACAAUAUCGGACCUGUUUGAUUUGCUGAGCAGAUCUGAGGUGUGUGUGCAACCAGGCUAACGCUCUGCUAGCUGCUAACCAAACAGCAACAGGAAGUGGAGGCGCCAAACUUUUAUUUUUCACGUUUCACAGCUUUUAACUGUUUUGGAUUAUUAGGUGUAGUGAGACGUCCCGUCCUAAGGUUGGCACGGCACGACCAGGAGGACAGAGAGGCGAACACACACUCACACACACUCACCAGCCACACUGUGGAAAUGAGUGUAAACAGGAAGCAGGACCUUCACAGAGGGUUUGUGCGCAGGCGUACAGAGCACUGUGUGAUCGCGCCAUUUGUACCAUAACACGAGCACGUUGGAAAAGAAGCUCGUGUCUUAGCACAACAAACACUCAAGUCAUGUUUGACUUAUUCUCUUCACUUUUCAUUUUCCCGCCUUUGGCUGGCAGCCUGAGAUGCAGACGGUGAGAGGAAGUCCUUCUGAGAAAGUCACAG